AUGAAGAGGCUAUCGAUUGCACCACCUACUUCGAGAAGGAAAUCAGGAGCCGUCUCUCUGGAAGAUCGCAAUGCAAGAAAAGUUUUGGAGCAAUUAGAUCAAGACACAACUUUAGUCCUUCAAGAUAUUGACAAGAAUAUAUCACGAGCAAAUGCAAUUAUUAAUGAUAAAUUGAAGCCAGUUAUUCAAGAGUAUGGUGUUGAAAGCUGGAAAGUGUGGCAUAAUUCGGGGUUUUGGAAGAAAUUUUUUGAACAAUCGGCUAAUGUUGUGUUGAAUAGUUUUGAAACUCCUAUAAAUGAGAUCCAGUCAAGCUCCAACUUUUUAAGUGAGAUAGAUGACGAAAUGGUUGAUGAGCAACCGAAAACGCUUACAUUUUUGGAUACUAGACGACCCGAUUUGAAACAUGUUGUUGAUGAAGACACGGCUACUUGGUCGACUGAACAACAUAAUCCUAAUAGACAAAUAUCGGCAUCGACUCCACAAAGAGGUCAAAUGCAAACCCAACUGCAAAGAUCAAGAUUUGCAGCUGCACCAAAAAUGUCAAGGUUACCUGAUAACAUAAGUUUAGAGCCUCCCAACUCUCAUGGUACAAGGUUGUCACCGACACGUCAUCUGAAGGCUUCCCCUAUGCGAGUUCAAACAAUACGUCAAUCACUUGAUGCUUUACAUAGGAUUUCGAUUUCUCCUCGCAAGCAAAGAACUCCGAUCACGACCCGAAACUCGGCAAUUCAAAAUUUGCUCAAUUCAUCACCCACAUUUCCUGAACCACCCGUGUUACGAUCCGAAAUAGGAAGCGAAGGAUCGAGAAUUCAUAGUCAACAAACACCUAACCCCAGUUCUGAUCAUGAUGGGCAUUUGCAGAAAUUUCCAAACACUCCAAAGUAUUCUUCAUCUCGAUAUAGUAACUCCUCAGCGAAUACACCACUAGCAGUACCAGAUGCCGAUGAUGGCGAUAAUGAUUUGCAACCACCAAAAUUGGAAAGUGAAACAAAUCGAAAAAGUCCUGCACCAUUAUUGGAUGACGAGUCAAGUGAAGACUCAUUACCUGAGCUAAAUACGAUCGAGUUGAAAAGUGGAAGGAAGCGGUCAAGAACACCAUCAGUUGAAGGAUCAAGUAAAAGAAGGUCAUCCGGACGAAGAUCAAGCGAUCGCCGCGUAAUUAUUGAAGAAGAUAACAUUUUUCUAGAUAAGCCACAGAGGAGGUCAGACACAUAUCGUGUGCAUAACGAAGACAAUAGUGAUCAUUCGCGGUCAAUAUCGCAAAUUUAUGCUGAAGGUAUUUCAAAGUUGAGGGAUGGUGCAGAAACUGGUGUUGAUGCAGAGGUCAAAGAAGGUGUCGAGGCUACCACCGAUUUCACCCAUGGUAGUGCAAGGGAAACGACAGAGACAUUGACUGGUGAUUUGGGCCCCUUUAAGGAACGUUGGAAGAAACUCUCCAAUUUUGAUGUAUAA